GUUGCAGCGUUUUGCCUAUUCCUUCAUUCACAAAUCUCCGUACGUUGAAUGCAUUUGUGGUCGUGUACAGAGUAAACAGAAAGCACAACGUGACGCCGACAAAAAAAAUCCUCCGCCUUCGUCAUCUGCUCCCAGAGCAAAACAAUCUUGGAUUAUUUCUUUAAAUAAACAAUGAAAGCAAACGUAUUAUUAAUAAUUCUCUUCGUUGGUCUUUGUGCCACAAGCUGUUCGGCCAAGAAACAUUUUCUUUUCUCAUUUUACAAACUCUUCGAUUUCCUGCAAAAGGAUAAUGCCAACAAUGCCACAAAUACCACCAAAUCGGUAGAAGAAAUGACUGUCGAUGAGCUGGGAGUGUCAAGAGGAAAAUGCCUCUAUGAUUUCAUAUCCUUUGUUGGCUAUGAAGAUUUGCAGCUAUGUUUUCCAGACGAUGAAUAUAUUCUACAUCUGCUACCAUCACCGCUGGCAACCGAGGCGCCACGCAAGCCACCCAUUAUGGUCAAAUGUCUACCCGAACAUCCGUUGAUUGUGAAUAACACAAAUGAAAUUCGUAUUAUGAGUUCGGUACAGGAAAUUGUUGAUCUUCUCAAGCCAAUUGGUAACAACACCAAACGUUAUCAACCCGGCAGCUGUGUGGUGAUAUUCUUCUACACACCCUCAUGUUUGGGUUGUUCAUUGGUGGCGGGACCCAUUGUGGAGUUGCCGUAUGCUUUUAAGACCAUACCCGUUGCCGCCAUAGAUGCCUACAAAUUCCCCAGCUUUAACACAGAAUUUGGCAUUGUUGCCCUGCCCACCAUUAUGCUGUUCCAUCAGGGACGUCCUGUGGUGAAAUAUCGUGCUCAAGGCAAUUUCAAUACAUUUGUAACGAGGCAUACGGGUCUAAAGCCCGCAGAGGUACCCAAAGAGCUGCCCCCCUCACCCUUGGUUAUUUCCGCCGACAAUAGCACGGAUUAUGUUUUGGUCUUAGCCUGGCUGUUCAUACUCACCUGUGCGGGUUAUUAUUUUUCACAAUCACGUUUUUGUAAACAAAUUGUGGAAAUGAUAAAACAGAAUUGGCAUGAAUCGGAGGAGUUGGAACAUAAUUGAAUGCCUUUUGGGGUUUAAGAUUUAGUUUUAAGUUCCUGUAGAAGUGGGGGGAAUGGUUUUGUUAAGUAUUUUAUUUUUCUUUCAGAAACUAAUUAAUCUACAUUUGUUGUUUAUUAUUUAGGUUAUUUAUGUUUUUUUGGACAAGACUUGUAAACUAUUUAAAAUAAAAGAAUUGAAAACGUAGCCAGACAACCAUUUUGAAAACGUCA